AUGGAGCUAGAGUUUGACGACAACACCUCGGCACCAACCAACGCCCCCGCAGGGCCCAGCCGGCGAGACCAGGCCAUCGCCAAGGCCAUCGGUCCCUACAUCAGCCCCAUUGCCAACGCCAACAUCAGCCCCGCGUGCCAUGACAGCACGCUGGCGUACCUGCUCAACAUCCUCAACAAACAGUGGGCCCUGCGGAUGUUCGACGCCACCGGCAAGAUACCCGACGGCGCGUUGGAAGGCAACCUUAGUCCAUCUGGGAACUGGGAUGAGUGUCUCAACAUAACGGCACAUUUCAAUGCCACCGACAUCCUCGGCGUCGAGCCAAAUGUCACCAGCUUUACUGGAAAAUACUGCACUGCUUUCCUAAGCAAAGCAAGCGUGGAAAAAAGUGAACCCCUGCUCAAGGCACCGCGGGCCGCCAGUGCGGCGCUGGCACCAUUUUUGUCCACUCUCCCAGGCGGGUGGGAACUGGACAUCGGGAUGUGCAUUCCCUCCACAUGUACAAGUGAGGAACUCACAGUGGGCCUCAACAUAGCAUUCAUGGGGAAAGUAACGGCUGGUGCACCAGACCUCUUCUGCUACACCAAAGAUGACAAGACCGAGUUAUCUGCAGGGGCCAUCGUCAUGACCACCAUACUAUCGCUGACGGGCCUGCUCAUGCUCGUGGGCACCACGGUGGACAUUGUCGCUAUCAAAGCCGCGCAGGACUCCGAAGCGUUGUGGGCUCGCGUCAACAUAGCACUCCAGCGGACUCUUCCCGCCUUGCUCCGCAGGGUGUUCCUAGCGUUCUCUGUGUACACCAAUGGUCGCAAACUGCUGGACACUUCCUCUACUCGAGAUACUCUCAGUUGUCUGCACGGCAUACGCUUCCUGUCCAACACAUGGGACUUCCUGGAGGGGACAGUGAGGGAUCUGCGCUACAUGAAGCCGUGGACGAGGGCUGGACCUUACUUGGUGGGGCUGUACAUGGGGUGGAUUCUGCACAAGAUUCGCGGCCGCAAGAUUCACCUUCCAGCGCCUGUGGUCGCCAUCGGCUGGAUCACGGCUUCCCUCACCGGCUGCCUCAUCGUGUACGGCAUGUACGGAGUGCCCAGCCCACCACCGAAAACUCUCAACUUAGUAUACGCCAUGCUGAACCGCACCGCCUGGAGCAUCUGCCUGGCCUGGGUGGUGUUUGCAUGCGUCACUGGAUACGGAGGCUUUGUUAACACACUUCUCUCCUGGAAGGCAUUUAUUCCACUCAGCAAGCUAACCUACACUUCCUACCUCGUGUCUAUUGACGUUCAGACAUACUAUUGGUAUACAAACAAGGCACCGGUGUAUCUAAGCCAAACUUUCUUAGUGUACCAGUUUCUUGCUUCCCUGCCCAUCAUUUUCGCCGUGGCUGCAAUCUUCUCAUUGGCCUUCGAGUCGCCAAUGAUAGCGCUGGAGAAGAUAAUUUUCCCGCAGCCGUCGAGGGCGGCGCCGGCGGCCCCUGCGCGCCAGGACGCGGCUCAGCCAUUGGUCAGUUCUACUAAGCCCGGCCGAAGCGGCGCCGUCAACGCAGGCUUCGAGGCAGACGGCGGCGUUGUGGAAGCAAAGCAAGCCGGGACUGACUCGGCUCCGGAGAACAUCACGCCCGCGGAGGAGAAGACGGGGUAGCAGAGAAGUCCCACAAGCCUGAUCGCUCACAUCCAGUGACGUAAAUCACUGAUGUGCUGGGGCGAUGUGCAUACAGGUCGGAGGCA